ACCUGAGUCUCCAACAAACUCUUUAAAUCAGGAACAGAUUCUAAAAUCUCAAGAGACAAGUAAGCUGAGCUACAUGGUCCAGUCCAAAAAUGGCCAGUUGAGAAGCCCUACUUCAGAAAAUUCUGAUGGAGUAUCACAAGACACACAAAAUGAAACUUAUACUUACUACACUGAUUUCAAUUCUGCUCAUCCAAAACGGAAAGGGAGAGGUAGUUUCAUAAAAACUGAUUCAAAACCAAAGGACAUGCCAGCUGCAAACCUCCAAACAGGGUUUAAACGUUUAAAAGUCCAGUCAGAAUUACAAACAAGUGAAGACAGACAGGUUAGCAGAAGACAUUUCAGUCCAAACAGUAAUCAAAGUAAAAAAUCAAAUUCUGAAUCCGAGGAUUACAUGAAGAGAAGUUUACCAAAUGCGAAUACAUUUUCAAGAGGACCUGAACGAAACAAGAGGCAUUUAGAUAGUGAGAAAACUGAAACAAACAGAAGUCCACAAGGCAUUCUAAAACCUGUGGAUAACAUUGAAAUGUCACAAGAAAGUAGUUCAUCUUCUGCUUCCCAGUCUCUGCUGCCGGUUCCAAAAGUUUCUCCAGGAGAUAAAAGAGAUUUUAUAGUAAUAAGUUCAGGUGAUACUGGGUGCCUUCGGAGUGAUUCUUCAGACCCUCAAGAAUUGGCAGAGAAAAACAGUGGAGAGAGGAAUGCAGCAGACACCCAGGUGUAUCUCAUAUCCAGUAGCAGUGAAGAAAUGGUAUUGUCUCAGGAGAGAGAUCUGUCACAUCAGCCACUCCAAGAAAGUAGGACACAGCAACCAAACAUGAAGGCUUCCAAGUCACAGGUGUCCAGUAGCUUAGUCUCUCAGGUUCAUCCAGAUUUACCCAGCAAAGACAAGCAAACAGAUGGAAAAGUAGAACUUGCAAAUGAUAUUUUAGCUGAAGUCACAUCUGAAGAAGAAGAGGGGGAGUCCAAUGAUACCAGUAGUAUAGGAGACAGUGCAGGGCAGCAGUUACUUUCCUACGUCAUAGAGGAAUCUGAUGUGGAAGAAGAUGAAGACAAAGCCUCAGAUGUUUUGUCGACUACCUCCACACAGUCUUUCACACAGUUUGAUGCUAUACUUGAAGACUGCCAUGUCAAACAACAAGUAGUGUCAGAGAAGAAGUCUCACCUUCCUAAAUUAGAGAGGCACUUGCGCCCAGAGAACACCCGAUUGUGUGUUGUGAAAAUACAGCGAGAUGAGGCUCUAGAUGCCCAACUGAAUAACAACAGUGACAGCACGUAUUCAUGAAAACCACCUGCUGCCAUUGCCCUUGUGAAGGUCGUCAGUCUCAGCAUGCUAGGGGGUAGACAAUCCUCUACUUAUUGUUGUUACAAGACUGGUCAGCUAUCUUUACUAAGUACAGUACUGCUAGUCUCCUAAAACCAUUACCUGGGAUGUGGCUGCUGUCACCCUGGCUUUAAAAUGUUUGCUGCACAUGUUGAGUGAGUCUUAUACUCUGAGAAGGAAAAACAGGAACUCAAAGAAUGUGAUCUCAAAUUGUGCCAGGCCUCAUAUCACUGUUUAUUAAUUAGUGUAGUUAUUAAUAUGUACUUCUUUAGUUUGGUUUAACUUUGUGCUUAGAUUUUUACUGUAAUAUAAGCCCAACUUGGUUCUACAUGCAUGAAAUGUUUUACAAUGCCCAAAAACAUGGAUAGCUGUUGAUCAUAAAGAUGAUAAGUUGUAUCAUCUACUGAAAACUUCGACUGAAUAGCAACAAAAGGAUGAAGUGUCAAACAAUGACCAAAAUAGUUUUUAGUUUGAGGUAAGAAAGUUUUAUAAUACUUCAAAGUGUUCUAAAAUUGUGCAAUGUGAUGUUUUCCAUUAAUCUGUAGAAAAUCAUUCUUCCUGCAGUAGAUAUGUUCAAGCAUGUCAUAAAAAAUAUUUUUCUCCUUAAAAUAAUAAGAGCUAGGAAGAGUUUUCUCUUUGUUAAAAACAG